AUGGUUUCUCAAGAUAUGGUCGACUCUGCCAAAGAGGCAUGGACGGAAGCAGCGGACGACUUCGUCACCACAAAGACGGACGCACAGUCACAGUAUGAAGAAGCAAAAGAUUCCGGACUCGCAUAUGAUUCUUCUUUUGUGCAAUGGGUACAACAGGGUAAUUAUCCUGCAUUAAUGGCGGCUUUUAACACAGUCAAAUCUGAACAAUCUCGCUACGAAAACAUGUUGAUGCAAUACGACAUGGAAGCUGGACAGAAGUGGCAUCAAAAUUUGAAUGCCGUGAUAACAGCCAAGCAACACUUUAUGCGGGAGGACUUUUCAUUCAUCGUUGCCACUCCGGAAGAAGUGGACGACGGUCAAGAGUUUCUACACACAGCGCAAGUGAAUGCCCGCGAGGAGAACUAUCGCAACCGGUAUGGAGAAGCCAGCCGCUAA